AUGGAGGUCGAGACCCAAAUCGAGCGCGAGCGGAUCACUCAGACCUCCGACUCGGAGGAAGGAUCUUCCAGGGGCGAGAUGCUCUGGUGGGUGAAACAAUCCCCCGAGUGGAAGGGGGUCCGAUCCACGUCGCCCCCGGACCGCCCAGCAAUGGAGGCUAUCGACCGGCCGUCUACUCCGAGGAACCCGAGCCCGGAUAUCGCGUCAACGGACAGGACCGAGGAGGACCGGUCAAGGGCUAGGGAGGCUUGCUGGAAUUGCGAGUCUCCCUCCCACUUCGCGUACGAAUGCCCCUUGCCGAGGAGGCCCGGAUUUUGCUUUCGGUGCGGCCAGAAAGGCUACACGGUACGCACCUGCCCGGAGUGCGGCGCAGCCUGGAGGCUGGAAGGCCCCUACAAAGAGGGCAAAGGCCACGACCUGGGCCAGGAGGCUCCAAGGAGGCGCGGACCCCCUCCCGGAACCCCGCGCUACUGA